ACAGCUGAUCGAAAUGAACGCGUGCACAGUUUGAAACAUAAACAAACGUGAGCAUUUAUUAGUAAGCUAAAUAUAUAGACAUUAAGGAUGGCAGGACGAGGUCGGGGUGGUAAAACGGGCUCGCUGACGGCGGAGCAGAUGCAGGCGCUGGGCUGUGUAGGCAAGGACAUGCCGCAAGUGCAGUCGGCGCCGCCGCCAACAUUUCCUCCGGUGCUCAACAAACCUAUCACACUAGAGACAACCACAGCGCAAAGUUAUCAACUGCUGUGGAAAGAAGAUUUUCUGAAUCGCAUGCGGGAUUCGCCUUACUACAUAAUCUCUGCCAGCCAGGAAAAGAAGAAAACAGACGUCAAGGAUUGGCGAGAAAAAGCAAUACAGCGCCUUAAACAUCGCGCCCAAGCCGAGUUCAACUACAAAGCAAUGCCGCGAGAGCUGAAUUCCACAAGUAGGAAGCGAACUGCAGCUGAGCUGCGACCCAAACAAGUUGCUAAGAAAAAUAAAAACAUCGAGGAUAGACUGAAACAGCUGGAACAGAAAGAGCUCAAAAGUGGUGCUGGCGCCGGCGGCGACAAUGACAACGAUGAGGCCAAACAGGAGUCUGACUCGGAGCGAGAGGAUGAGCAAGAGGAUCCCGAGGCAGCAUUGGAUGAUGAGAUGGACGAGGAGAACGACUAUGCCAACGAUUACUUUGACAAUGGCGAAGCCUACAAUGAGGAGGACGAUAACAUGGACGAUGGUCCCGUUUACUAGAAAAUAUGAAAUAAAUUACAGGAUAACAAGUA